AUGAUCUCAAUAGCUCGUAUAGUCCUCCUGUUUUCGCUACAUCUUGCUUCUUCCCUAGAUAACGGAUUGGCUAGGACACCGCCUAUGGGAUGGAUGUCCUGGACAGCAUUUUAUUGCGAAAUUGACUGCGAUGCACAUCCUGACCACUGCAUCAAUGAGAAACUCUAUAAGGAUAUGGCUGAUCGAAUGGCAGAAGAUGGUUUUCUGGCUGCUGGCUAUAACCGUGUACAUAUUGACGAUUGUUGGAUGGAAAAGGAAAGAGAUGAAAGUGGUCGAUUAUCCGCGAAUCGUACGCGCUUCCCCAGUGGAAUAAAGGAGCUGUCUAAAUAU